CGCGAGUUGAGGGCCACAUGCAGAAGUGAUAGGGACCAGCAAUGCUUCAACGGACUGGACAGUCGCCGCUCAAUGGUCUGAAGCAGUUCCGUCACGAACUCUUGGAACAUCAAGCGCUUCUCUUGAACAAGCUCGAUGCGAAGAUUUCCAAGCUUGGGCUGGUGGCAGCUGAAGAGACUGCGGAUAUUGAGUUGGAGGAGUUCAAGGGAUCCAAAGAGGAGACCAAAGAUGAGAUGCAGAGUACCCUGAUGUCAGUUCCUGCUUCAGCCUGGCAUGCACCAAACGCAGAUGGUGUAGCUGAGCGGAAAUUCAGCGCAAUUCCAGGAUCGAUUGUGGAAGACACUGUCGAGGCAUUCUCCAGCUUGCCCACAGUCGCGGAGCGGCGGAAGAAGCACAUGGCUUGGAUCCAUAAGCAGUCUCAAUUUGAACCAAGUGACAAGCCAGAGGAUGAGCAACAUCAGCGUGUCUUUUCUCAGCUCUCGGCAGAAUGUGCCCGAGAAUCCGUGCGACGAAAGGCCAUCGACAACUUCGGUCCGCCGCGGCCACCCUCCUCGUCACGGUGGGCAGAGGUGGUGAGACAUCCCUAUUUCGAACGGAUGUCCUUGGCCAUGAUCUAUUUGAAUGCCGUAUGGAUCGCAAUAGACAUUGAAUUUAACAAGGCAGACAUGGUCUUGCAGGCAGAAAGUCCUUUCCUCAUCAUGGAAAUUGUCUUCACCUUAUAUUUCAGCGGCGAACUCUUUGUGAGGUUCAUGUCUUACGAAAAACGCCGGGAAGCUGUGCGUGAUUCCUGGUUUAUUUUCGACCUCCUGCUGGUAGUGAUGAUGCUCCUGGAGACUUGGCUGAUCCCUUUGACGGCCUUCAUCAUUGAGGGUGGCUUCACCGCGCGCUCCCAGGACGAUGGAGCCAACAUCUCACGGAGCGCCUCAGUGCUGCGCAUCGCCCGUAUUUUGCGGGUCUUUCGCACGGCACGGAUCAUCAGAGUGGCGCGCUACAUGCCGGAACUCAUGAUUUUGGUCAAAGGAUUGAUAGUUGCCGCUCGCUCUGUGUUUUUCACUCUUGUCCUGUUGCUGCUCAUUACCUAUGUAUUCAGCAUUGCUUUCUCCCAGCUCAGCGAAAACACGAGACUCGAACCAAAAUAUUUCCCAACAAUAACGUCAGCGGUGCUGACACUCAUUGUGCAAUGCGUCAUGCCGGACCAGGAGGAAUUCUUUCAAGACGUCUCGGAUGUCAGCUGGAUCAUGGGAAUGCUUGUCAUUAUCUUCGUGCUUGUCGGCUCGCUCAUUGUGAUGAAUAUGUUGGUGGGAAUUCUCGUGGAGGCCGUGCAGACAGUCGCGACCAUGGAGCAUGAGCAGAUUCAUGUGGACUUCGCCAAGCGGGUCCUGUGGGACUUAAUCAGGGAGCAAGGUGCCGAUGAGGAUGGCGACAACCGCAUCUCUGAGGAGGAGUUCGUGAGGCUCUUGGAACGACCUGAGGCAUCCAAGGCUUUGAACCGCUUGGGCGUUGACGCCUUUGCGGUGAUGGAAACUGGAAAGUUAUUGUUUGAAGAUGGAGAACCUCUAACCUUCCCAGAGUUCAUGGACGCCAUCCUAACUUUGCGGGGCUCCAAUCAGACCACCGUCAAGGACAUUGUGAAUCUGUGGAAGUUUACUGCAGACGAGUUUUCUCAGCUCCAUACGGUUUUGAUGGAUCUGUGUAAAUUCUUAUCAGGCCAUGGUAUUCCAGCAAUGUUGGCCCAGCAGAUUGGCCAGCUUGAAAUCAAGUCGCGGUCCUCUCCUGUGCGGAACUUCGACGAAGUGUAGACAGACGCGGAGUUGAUGUCUGAGACAGGCUGCGUGACUGUUGAUUCAGCGAGUUGUUGCCAUGGCACCGCUUGCUGUUUGCGGGGAAAUGCAAAUGAUGCAAGUUUGCAUGCUGCUGCC